AUGUCUGCUCAGAGCAACAGCGCUGGUCAAACGAGCAAUGAAGCCGGACCAUCAGCCUCUGGGGCUAAUGGAAGCGGACCCCGGCAGCUGGCCAUCAGUCUCAUCACUCGUUCACCUACCGAUGCCAUCCCAUCUUCGACCUAUUUCAUCCCUGCAUCAUGGAAACGGUAUCAGCUCUCAGAGCUGAUCAACAAGGUCCUCAAGUAUCCUACGCCAGUCCCAUUCGAUUUCCUGAUCAAUGGUCAAGUCCUAAGAGGCAGUCUGGAGGCUUGGGUGCAGCGGAAUCGAGGAGGUGAUGAAGAAGGCACUAUCGAUGUGGAAUAUGUGAGGAGUUUGAUGCCACCGGAGGAGGUUGGAAGGGUCGAGAUGGAAGAUUGGGUGUCGGGACUGAGUUUAGCUCGGUCAGGGCACAUUCUCGUGUCCUCCUAUCUGUCGCAUGUGCAGAUUCUGCCAUUGACACUGGACGCCGGAUCCGCCUUCGAUGCCGCGACACAUACUCUCCCCCUUCCGACCACGCUUGGUGCGACGUGCUGUACCUGGCUCUCGCCACCUUCAGCGACCACCAACCUUCGCCUUGCAGCUGGAGGCGUAGACCGUGCAGUGCACGUUUUCACUCUGCCUUCCUUGGAUCCCUCAUCCUCUACUUCGGGCCGAGAAUUGUUCACCCUGAUGGGACACACUGGUCCCAUCUCCAGUAUAUCCAGUAGCUCGUCAGGUCGAGAACUCGUAUCUGCAUCUUGGGAUGGCAAUCUUCACCUAUACAUCAUGCCUGAGGAUGAGCCGACAGAGCAUCAACUGCCGUCCGACCCCACGACCUAUCUGCCGGGACAGAAACGUAGAAAAAAGAUGAAAGAGGAGCGAGGACCUAUUGAAGGGCUCACAGAUGGUGAUAUCGGAACCGAGGGCUGGAGGAGAGCACCAGAGCUCAUCAUGCGAGGUCAUAAGGGAAGGAUAGGGAGUGUGGCAUGGGACAAGCAGGACACGAAUAAGACAUGGUCUGGUGGCUGGGAUGGUAGUGUUAGAGGGUGGGAUAUGGAGACCGGCGCGUGUACCGUAGUCAGGCAAGGAUCAGCCGAUAAGAGUAUACUCGCGAUGGAUCAAUGGGCGUCAAAUGGAACAAUCGCGACAGGCAGCAUGGAUCGGACAAUUUGUCUAUGGGACACACGAGAGGCAUCGUCCCUUAUAUCAUUGACCAUGCCUACCACUUCACCCGUCGCUUCCCUCACGUGUCAUCCAACCUCUCAAUAUACACUGUGUACGGCCACGUAUUCCGGAGCGGUUCAAAUCUGGGACGUUCGAUCGCCCAAGAAUGCCUUGUUCAGUUUCAGAAAGCAGCGGAAAAAUGCUGGAAGUGCAGAGAAGGAGCGCAAAUUCAACGAAAAGGGAAAAGUGUUCGGAGAGAGAUUGUUGGCCUGUGAUUGGGAUGGCAAGGUCGUAGUGGCUGGUGGGGAAGACGGAGAAGUCGGCAUAUGGCGAGCGAGCGGCUGA